AUGUUUUUCUUUGUUAAAUAUACCAAAGAAAAUGUUGAAAAAUAUAGAAAACGAAUCAAAGAUUUUGAUGGCAUAGAAAUUUGUUACAACCUUAAACCAACGCAACCCAUCUUGGUCCUAAUAAUUAGGAUUUACGAAAAUCCUCAAUCCUAUCAUUUAUAUCUCAGCAAUACUUCUAAUCUUAAAGCAUAA